UACAAUAUCACUUCUCUUAUAAUUUAUUGUUGAUUAUUUUUAUUUUACGACUUGGAGUAGAAACUUGUUUACGGUAACACCUGCCUCGGAAACCAGGGACGCUUAGGAGUUGUAAAUGGCUUGGUGGUAAAAAGACAACCUAUUAAUUUGGGAGAUGAUAUGAAUUGAAAAUGACAACUUUGAGUGAAGAUAUAGAUUAUUUGGCGAUUGAAACUAAAUCUGAGAGCAACGACGGUCGAGCUAGUGCUGCGACUUGGGAACAUGAAGAUUUAGCACAAGUGAAGAUACGAGUUUUUCGAGGCCAUACAGAUGCUGUGAAUUCCUGUAACUACAUCGACAAUGACACAAAAAUUCUCACGGGUUCCGCAGACAAGACAUCCCGCAUAUGGGACAUCGACACAGGAGAGUUAAAACAUCACUACACAGGUGGACAUGAAGCAGCCAUAUCAGAAACAAGUAUCAAUGACAACAGUCGCAGAUUUGUGAGCUGUGGCUGGGAUAAGAAAGUCCAGGUGUGGGAUAUAGAAUCGGGAAACAUUUUGUGGACUGGUCGACAUGCAGGAAUCGUCACAUGCUGUCGCUUCUCCCAUGAUGGAAAACUGGUUAUAUCCGGAUCAGACCUGGACAACACACUGAAAAUCUGGGAUGCGAAUUCUGGAGAACUCCUUCAAAAUCUUGAAGAUAUGCACGAAAGCACAAUAACAAGCUGCAUUUUUGCCCCAGCAGACGACAAAGUCGUAACAACGUCAAUGGACAGAACUUCCAAGUUUUUCGAUCUCAGAACAAACAAAGUUACAAUUCAGUUAGAAGGUCAUAUCAACAUCAUAGCUGAUUGUGACAUUUCGUUUGAUGAGAGGAAGUUUGCCACAGCCUCUUGGGAUAAAACUGUCAAGAUCUGGGAUGUGGCGACUGGUUCCUACAGAUCUCGAGGUCCGGGGUGUCUUCAGGGAUCUCACGAGGGAACAGUCAGCUGCUGUCAGUUUAGUAGGGACGGACUGAUGCUGGUUUCUGGUUCCUAUGACAACACGGUGGUAGUCUGGGAUGUUGAUAAUGAAAUGCAGAAACUUCAACUGCAGGGACAUGAAGAUUGGGUGCAGGAUGUCUGUUUUAGUGCUGACCAAAACAACAUAUUAUCUGCCUCUAAAGAUAAUACAGUUCGUAUGUGGAAUGUGAAGGAUACAGAGAAAAUUCCCGUGGUCUUGGAGAGAAAGAAAGCGAUGGGACUAAGUAUCAUGAAGUGUUCAAACUGUGGCAAGCCAUUUUCCAUAUCUCAAAUGGACAGUUUCCGUGACAACACCAUAUGUGUGUUCUGUCGUCUCCAGAAUCGUGAGAAGGAAAUGCUUGAAAUCAUGAACUCUGUACAAGUGGAUGAAGACUAACUAUUACCAUGACAACAAUAAAGACUAAUCAUCACCAUGGUGAUGAGAUACAGAGUGAACCCAUUAAAUUUUACUGUUACAAAAUAUGUUGAUAUAUAUAUGUACGUUGAAUUUUUGUGUUUUAUUAAAGAUAUACAUUGUACA